CCUCCCACACCACCGCUGGCACCUUUUGAGCCGGAGAUUCCCCCAUCACCGCCCACUCCUCCAUCGCCUCCACCCUUGCCACCUCCGUCCUCACCAAUGCCCCCAACUCCACGGCCGCCUUCGCCGGAGCCAUCACCACCGCCUCCGUCCCCGCAACCACCUUCUCCACAACCUCCAUCUCCGCAUCCGCCGUCUCCGGAACCGCCUUCUCCCGAACCACAAUCGCCGCUACCGCCGUCGCCCAAGCCUCCAUCGCCGCUACCGCCUUCUCCACAACCUCCAUCUCCGCAGCCACCAUCUCCGGAACCGCCUUCUCCCGAACCACCAUCUCCGCUACCGCCGUCGCCCGAGCCUCCAUCGCCGCUACCGCCUUCUCCACAACCUCCAUCUCCGCAGCCACCGUCUCCAGAACCGCCUUCUCCCGAACCACC